AUGUCUCGGGUGGACCUCCAGGUUCUGCCAAAGGGGAAGGAGAACGUGACAGAGAACUGGGAGUAUGUUCGUCCAAGACCGGGGUGUGCGCUGAUCAAUGUGGGUGAUUCCCUGAUGAAGUGGACGGGAGGUGUGCUGCAUAGUGCUUUUCAUCGUGUUGUUACGGCCCCUGGCGAGCAGGCGAAUGUGGCGCGCCAAAGCGUGGCAUUGCUGACUCGCCCGCAUCGAACUGUUACGAUGCAUAGGCUUAAGGAGAGUGCGGUGAUUACGCUGUUGAGGGAGGGAGAGGUUAAUGACGACCGGUCUGUGAGCGAAUGGAUGAUCUGGAAGAUUACGAAGGGGGAGUUGAGGGUGCAGACGGCGGAGGGGAAGCAGGUGGCUGUUACUGCUUGA